CUUACCCAGUAGACAAACCCCAAACCUCCCGCUUAAUGGAUAACAGAAAGGCGACGGAUUUUCCAUCAAAUAACAACAUCCUAUUUAUAUUUUUUUAUCAUUUAAAAAUUCUAGUUCGGAUCGCAUUGACCUGACGCACUCGAUGAAUGGGUUUUAAACCCUUUUUUCGAGCUGCGCUGUGCUCAUAGCCCGCACGCGACAUCCUGCGCAUACACAACAAAUCCGCCCAACUUCGCGCCUCGUCAUAUUGCCCUAUACCCCAUUACUCAUAACCGUAUCACCAACUAUCAACAUUUCCGAAUUGGGCCAUCAAAUCGACAAUCCGCCAACCCACCGCACCACACCGUCCAUUCCAAAUCCCCGUAUUUCCUCCAACAUGCCCGACAUAGAUCCUGCGGCCUUGAGCCGCCCUUCUAUCACCCUUUCCACUCCGACUCUUAAAUCUAUUACCGUUUCCGCCCCUACGACGCAGAAAGUUACAAAGACUAGCCAGAUAAUCCCGGCCCGCAUCGAUCUCGAACCGCUAUACACUGCUCUAAAAUCGGCCAUUGGCAACGAACAAUGGAACAUCUACAAAGAAUCCACUACCCAGUUUAUACUUGGCCGGUUGAACCAGGUGGAAUAUUCCGAGCGUAUCGAUCCCAUCUUAUUCUCCGCCAAUGGCGACAAGAGUCAUCUGCACAACCAGCUUCUUGCUGCCAUAUAUGGAAACCUCACGAGAGAGAUGCCAGAUCAAGGUGUUGCACCAUGGGUUUCCGCGAACGAUAAACCUACUACCAACGUCGGUACAAAACCCGUCACGGGUGAUGCUGCCGAACGGAGGUUGAAGGGAGAGGUUAUGCAGCUUCCGAGCCGUGAUAGACGUCGUAUCAAGGAAUUGGCACAGAACGAUUUUGAUCCCUUCGAGUCUAUGGCAAAUAUGUUCACAGAGCACCACCGGGGCCGAGCUACGCGCGCCCCGGACAUACCUCAGAGUGCUAACAAUGACUUGAACAAGAUGAAUUGGGACCUCGAAAUUCGCAAGCGAUUCACCCAGCCUUUGGCCGUAGAGUCAGGUGAAUUUCCGGACAUGGCGAGCAUCGAGUCGAGAAUGUUACCCAUAUGUUACGAAACGGGGCUUGUUAAUGGUCAUGGUUCGGAUGCUGCUCAAUUCAUGACCGUCGCUGCUGAGACUUUCAUUAAAGAAUUCCUGUCAACAGUGUUUGCAAGAACCAGGUGCAAUGGUCCUGGCGAUUCAGGGAGUGCCGGAUUCGGUUCCGGAACCAGUUGGAUCCAAACCCAUAAAUAUCGUCGACAACUAAGGCGAGAAGAGGCUGCAUUUAGCAGAGGGGAGUUGACCCGUGACAAGAGCGGACUGUUGCCUGUCGAGGCUAAAGCUGCAAGUGAAAGACCCCCACUCAGUAUGGCUGAUCUACGACUUGCCUUGGAAAUUGGUGAUUGUGGCAUCAGCACUUUCCCUAUUAUUAAGAAGUCGGUGUUAUACACUUACAGGGAUGGCGAAUUGGAGCACUACAACAACUACACAUGGCUCCACGGCCGCAAGCCGAUAGAUUACGAAGAUUCCGGUACGGAUAAUGUUAAUGGCAACGGCAGUGGCGUUCACGCUAUUACGAACGGUAACACCUAUCCCGAGCCGAUGGAUAUCGACGAUGAGCCUCCGACGUGGGAGGGUACAAGUCCUCAGGAUUUGUCGAUGCUCGAUGGUAUUUUGGAUUCAUGCUUAGCGGUCCCCUAGGAGUAGGGGAGAAGAACAGACGUUGAACACGAUGAAAAAUCGUUAGCGAACAAUAUCUUUAUCUUACGAGGAGCAGGACAAACCUAAGUAUCUCCUAAAACAGCGAAAAUUCCCGAAUUCCCCCCGACCUCCGGCGUCUCCGAAGCUUUUCAAAAAUCUAAUCCGGAUGAUAUAAAUGUGCAAUCACGGAAUGAGCAUAUCUAGCAAGCACCAAGUCUAAAUGGAUCAGCAUAUCGUCAACCUUCCUAGGCUUCCGGGAAGACGCAAUUUAUAAGGUAGGUCGUGUGCCACAGGACGCAUGAUGACAGCACUUGAAUGGUUACAAGCCUUAAGUGGCCGGGAUGAGACAUUGUCUUUUGGGUGGUCUCACCUACGUACAUUACGUACCCCAAAAACAUAUUCAUCGGGAUUAUGUGGUUCGCAUUAGCAUUGGCAUUAAGGCGUUAUUUUUCGGUUGCAUUGCUUUGGGCUGUAUGAACACUGAAAACGAGGACGACGGCGGCUGGUUUUCGGCGUUUGCUCUUUGGCGGAUAUGUACUCUAUUGCACCGAUACCCCCUACAUUAUUAUGUAGGAAGCACCUUCCCCGAUUUCUUGCUAGAUCACGUUGCUUUGUGGAUAAAUCAGCAAGAGCCUCAGUAUAAGCUAUAAUGCUAUGCACAUUCUACAUGA